GCCAGAGCUGCAGCGCGCGCGGCCCGCACGCGCUGUUGGUGGCUCUACCGCUGCCCGUGCGUGGUGGCGGCCGGCUCUCACGCACUCCCGUCGAUUGCUCGCGACGCGUGGUGGCCGGUGCCCGGCGCCAGCACCACUUGGGCAGCCUACAGUACUGAUAGCAGCACUGGAGCAGCACUGGACUGCUGAGCCGCCUUGCCGCGAGCCGCGCCGCCUCGAUAAUACCCGCACCACCCCGUAAGCAUGGGCCUGGCAGACGUGAUUGAUGACGAUCCGGCCAAGCUGCAGGCAUUGCUCGAAAAGUUUGUGUACAUCGAUAAGGACGGAGAUGGAGCCAUCUCGUUAGAAGAGUUGCAGGAGGUGUACCAGAUGUUCGACCCGAAUUACGACGCCGACGCGGUGGCGACGGAGUUCGUCCAGAUGGAUUCCGACGACGACGGCUCGAUCACGAUCGCCGAGUUUCUGAAGGCGCAGGGCAUCGACACUUCGAACGUCGCAGAAGCGGACUUGGAAAGGGCGCGCUCUGAGGAGGUCAAGGCGGAGGAGGAGGCGCUGCGCCAGGGCGUCGCGGCCGUGGAGAUCGUGCCCGACGGGUCGGAAGCCCAGGCCUGCGUGGCCGCCGUCGAGGGUAGCUACGCGACCGUCGAGGCUGCCGGCGCCGUCGCCGUCGCCGCGGAGUGCGUCGUCGCGGACGGUGACUUCGCUUCUGGUGAUGCCGUCGCGGCCGUGGCCGUCGCCGCGGAGCCGGUAGGCUAGACGUGCGAUAAAAAGUACAGAUUAGGACAGGGCUCCACACUAACUAGUCGG